UCUCCGUCAGCGCUGUCACCGCUACAAAGUUGUCCUGAGAUGGCUCCAUGGCAUCACAUUGAGCAACCGAGCGCUCCAAACUUCAAGAAUACUCCCUCUGUUGGUCACUGAAGAGUGGAAGAAACGGAAGCAAAUGACUGCUGUUGGUUUCAAUAAGCUGUUUCAUUGCUUGAACCACUGUGGAAGGGGAGCAAGGACAUGGGGAGACAACUUGAUUUUGUGACAGGCGCUAACAUUAGCACCAGUUAUCGUGAAUUAAUUGCGUCAGGCCACCGUAUCACUUUUUCAGAAUAGAUUUAGUUUCUGUCUUUUACUUAUUAUCAUAAAACAAAGGAAUAACAAUGGCUUUAAUUUUGUUUACGAGAUCACGGACUCCUUUAAUGCACACAUCCAGGUCAUUAAAGAACGAAUUCAGAAAAGGGAAAUUAACAGAAGGUGCCUGUUUUAACUGCACAGCUCUACGACUGUCUUCUCACAGUCCGGACGUCCUCCGAGAUGGCCCUGCCUCCCUGGCCUCAUCCCUCAGCUCCGAGCCUUUCCCCGUCUGGGCCUCAUCAUCAACCCGCGACUGCCUCCCCCAGCCCCAGCCCCAUCCCCACCACCACCAGCAGAGCGGGUACUACUAUGCCGUCCUCGUCCCCACCGACGACCGUCCCUCCACCACCACCCUUCACAGGAUGUGUGGCCACCCCCACGCCCACGCCCAUGCCCACCACCGACACGGGCGUCUCUCGCACUCACACUCUCAUUCGCACUCACAUUCGCGGUCUCACGGUGGCCUGCCCGUGGUGCGGUGGCUCCACACCAGCUGCAGGCGGCGUGACGACUCCAAGGUGGAGCGUUCGCUGCGUUCGCUGAAGGACAAGAACAAGAAGCUGGAGGAAGGGGGACCGGUCUACUCGCCCACGGUGGAUGCUCCGGUGGUGCGGCUCUCGAUAGGUCAGCGUAUCCUGGACGAGGUCAAGCACUACUACCACGGCUUCCGGCUGCUCUGGAUCGACACCAAGAUCGCCGGACGCAUGCUCUGGAGGGUGCUCAACGGCCACGGGCUCUCGCGCCGCGAGCGAAGACAGUUCCUGCGGACGUGUGCGGACGUGUUCCGUCUCCUGCCCUUCCUGGUGUUCAUCAUCGUGCCCUUCAUGGAGUUCCUGCUGCCCGUGGCCCUCAAGCUCUUCCCCAACAUGCUGCCCUCCACCUUCGAGACCAAGUCCAAGAAGGAGGAGCGUCUGAAGAAGGAGCUGCGUGUGAAGCUGGAGAUGGCCAAGUUCCUCCAGGACACCGUGGAGGAGAUCGCCCUGCGCAACAAGGCCAACAAGGGCAACGUCACAGAGGAGUUCUCAACCUUCUUCCAGAAGAUCCGCAACUCUGGCGAGCGUCCGAGUAACGAGCAGAUCAUCCGCUUCUCCAAGCUGUUCGAGGACGACCUGACGCUGGACAACCUGACGCGGCCGCAGCUGGUGGCGCUGUGCCGGCUGCUGGAGCUGCAGUCCAUCGGCACCAACAACUUCAUGCGAUUCCAGCUCAUCAUGAAGCUGCGCGCCAUACGCACUGACGACAAGUUGAUAGCAGAGGAGGGAGUGGACAGUCUGAAUGUGAACGAGGUGCAGGCAGCCUGUCGCGUCAGAGGGAUGCGGGCUCUUGGAGUUACAGAGGACCGGCUUCGAGAACAGCUCAAACAGUGGCUGGAGCUGCAUCUGGAUCAGCAGAUCCCCACCUCCCUGUUGCUGUUGUCCAGGGCCAUGUACCUGCCAGACACCCUGUCCCCUGCUGACCAGCUGCAGAGCACGCUCAAGACCCUGCCCGACAUAGUGACUAAAGAGGCGCAGUUGAAGGUGGCGGAGUUGGACUUCUCCAGUGUGGACAACAAGACCAAGCUGGAGGCCAUGCUGCAGGAGGAGCUGGCCAUCCGCGAGGAGUACCGUGAGCGCGAGAUGGAGAGGCAGGCCGACGCUGCCGAGAAGGCCGCACGGGAAGAGGAGCUGGAGGCUGAGGCUGCUAAACGGCAGUAUUUAGAUGUGGAGCACAAUCUGUCCAGCAUUGACCACGCCAUCCACUCGGAAACGCUCAGAGACACCGCACCCGCACUGGAGGGCAUUAAGUUUGAACAGUGGCAGAAGUAUUUGCGAAUUCAGGGCGAGGAGAUCACCAAGGAGGAGAUUGACAUGCUGAGUGACGCCUGCUCCAAGCUGAAGGAGCAGAAGAAGCUGCUGACCAAAGAGAAGGAGGAGCUGGAGGACCUCAAGGAGGACGUGGAGGAGUACAACGAGGACCUGCAGGAGAUCCGUAAGGAGCUGUCCAAGACGGGGCAGGAGCGCGCGGUGGAGGAGUCCAAAGCCAGCAAGCGCCUGGCGCGCCGCGUCAACCGCAUGAUCGGCCGCAUGGACAAGAUCAUCGGCGAGCUGGAGAAGGACAAGGAGCUCAUCGACACCCAGUUGGACGCAGGGACCAUACCCCCCAUUGGAUUGUUCUUUGAUUGGUCGGGAAGUUGUCAGAGGGAGAACCUGAUCAGCAUAACGGAGCUCAUCGGCAUCAUGCGGCAGAUCCAGAACAUUCCCGAGCAGAAGCUGUUGAAGAUUGCCGACGCGCUCGACGAGAACAAGGACGGCAAGAUCGACAUCGAUGAUGUCAUCAAGGUGGUAGAUCUGAUCGACAAGGAGGACAUCGACAUCUCCACGGCGCAGGUGGCCGAGAUCAUGGUGAUGCUGCAGAAGGAGGAGAAGCUGGUGAAGAGGGAGAAGGCCAAGGAGAAGGCCGAGAAGGUGCUGAACUAACUGAGGCCCUGAGAUACUGAGACUGGGCCCACCUGCAGGCCUGCGGGGGUGCAUUUUUCGAAACCAUAGUUGCUAACGCCAUUAGCUACUUUGUUCUUUGCAAUGCAAUUUCCCAUUAGCAUUUACCCAAGUUGCUAACGGGCUAACAACUACGCUUUGGAGAAACGCACUCCUGGGGGUGCAUUUCUGGAAAGCGUAGUUGUUAGCAGUUAGCAACUUCUGUAGUUGCCAAUGGGAAAUUGCAUUGCAACCAACAAAGUAGUUAACAUAGUUAGCGACUACGCUUUCCAGAAAUGCACCCCUGGCCGGCUGAGGUGAGCUGAGCUCAGCCUUGAUGGAGAGAUCCCUCAGCAUACUCUACUCUACUCCACUCUCCCCUACCCACCACUGCGCAUCGCUUUCACCAGCCUCCACUAUACACCACUACCUACAGUGCACACCCAUCUCUUCGGUCCUCCCCAUCAACUGCAAGCAUCUACGCCAUCAAGCACAGCCAACAGAGGUGGUACUUCUUCUCGCCGUUUUGUGAAGAGUGGUACAGGAAGGGAAAACAAAAAAAGUGUUUUUAAUCAGGAAUGGCCUGUGUAUUUUUUUCUUUCUUUCAUUUUUUUCUUUUGCUUCAUAGAUUUGGAGGCUUAAUUUUUUCCUAGUAUGUAAAAAAAAAAAAGAACUAAACUACGCACAAUUUUUUUCUGAUUCGUCAAAAUAGGCCCUGUUGAUAUUGUGUUUAUUUGAAUGAAAAAAGUUAAUUUAUUGUAAAAAAAUAUAUACAUUAUAUAUAUAUAUUAUAAUUUUAUUUUUAUUUAGGCUUGUUUCUAUUGCUUUUGCACCUUUGUUAUCUAAAACCACACAAAAAAAGAAUCAAAAUUAUGAGUAAAUUAACUCAGAGCUAAGAAUAAAAAAAAAAAAUCAUAAUAAUAAUAAUGAUGUCAGGUGGACAUUGAGGUUCCAAGUUGAGUUUAGUUGGCUUGGUGUGCCAUCAACUCACCCCCACAUCAGAAGAGGAGAGCAAAGGAGUUUGGGUAAUCGGAGGAGGGAGGCCAUGUAUUCUGCACUUUUGCACAAGAAUCAAUCACCCUGUCAUCCACCAUCAUUCCACUCUCCUCUUUUCUUUCCUUGCUUUUUUUUCUUGUCUUUUUUUCUUGUCCUCCCCCCACAGGAACUGAUUCCAUGUUCGUUCUUGAAUGUACAGUAACAUGUCAAGCGGAUGGCAUAGUGAUGUAUGCCAAAGUGUUGAAAGAACUAACCAAAGACGCAGGGCGCGGGAGUGUAUUUGUAUGAAAGUGUGUUUGUGUGCAUGUGUUGGAAAUGAAGCAGGAGAUGAAUAAAUGACACUGUUAGCUGGGUUUCAGGUUUGCCGAAGAAGGCAAGAGACUGUUUUUAGUGGUACAUCUGAAGACGAGUCAGUUGUAGCUCUUUUUAACAUGUGUUACUGAUAGGCAGACUGACUCAUUGAUUUGACUUGGAUUAUCAAGCCAAUUGUUUUAAUCAAGAAUCCAUACCUGAGGUGUUCUCACUUCCGCUACCUUUUAAUGUCCAAUGUAUGCAAUGUGGCCUUCAACAGAGCAACACACACACACACACACACACACACACACACACACACACACACACACACACACACACACACACACACACACACACACACACACACACACACACACGCACACACACACGCACACACACUUUAGUAGGGAUAAGUUAAGUAAUGCAUAAGCCCUUCUUUCUGAGUUUGUACACAUGUACAAUGACCUGUUCGUGACCCAACACGGAACACGGCACACGACACCCAGGUUUAGGGCUUGAUCAAACCGUGUGCGUGCGUGCGUGCAUGCUUGCGUGCGUGCGUGCGUGCGUGCAUGCAUGCGUGCAUGCAUGCGUGCAUGCAUGCUUGCAUGCUUGCGUGCGUGCUUCUGUGCGUGCGUGCGUGCGUGCAUGCUUCUGUGGGUGCGUGCGUGCUUCUGUGGGUGCGUGCGUGCUUCUGUGCGUGCGUGCGUGCAUGCUUCUGUGGGUGCGUGCGUGCUUCUGUGGGUGCGUACAUGCGUGCUUCUGUGCGGACACAAGAAUUCUAGACAAGGGCAUUGUACAAACAAUGUGUACAGAGAUGGCAUCAAACUACUAAGCCGCCGUUCUCUGGAAUCUCAGUGUUUUGACGUUCAGGACAGAAAGUGUGUCUUUUGAUAUGUGGGGCUGCGUGUUUGUCUGCGUGUGUGUGUGUACGCGUGUGUGACAUUCUGUCUCGGCACCAGACGGGUAAGGGGUAGGCUGGGUACAGUCAGGUUGAUGGCAGAAUAAACAUUGGCUUCAUGCCGACGCGCGCUGACACACACAUAGACACACGCGCGCACACGCACACACACACACUCUUUCUGUUUCUCACACACACGCGCACACACACACACACACACACACACACACACAGACACUUUCUGUUUCUCACGCGUACAGAAACAGGAGUGUGUGUGUGUGUGUGUGCGUGUGUGUGUAUGCAUAGAGCCUGAGCAGAGCAGAGCAGGGUGGAGAGGCAGCACGGGGUACAUGAGUCCCAGCAUAUACAUCAUCUGCAACAUUAAACAUGCCAGGCUGUGGCUGCGGCUGCGGCUGCGGCAGCUCCAGCACCACGCGGUCUCUAGAGAGAGCCCUGCCUCCCUGCCUACACCCCAGGGCCGGAGCUAUAGGGGGGGACAAGCAGGGCAUUUGCCCCUGGCCCCAGGGCCCUCCUGUAUUGGUGGUGGGGGCCCUGCCUACACCCCAGGGCCGGAGCUUAUAUAGACGGGGUAAGCAGGGCUUUUGUCCCUGGGCCCAGGGCCCUCAUGUAUUGGUGGAGGGGGCCCUAUUAUGACCUUGGCAGGCUGUAUGGGGGGGCCUAUCAGUCAGUGUAUUGCAGUGGUGCCCUGUGUGCAUUUGUUCCGGCACUGCUACACCCUGUCCCUGAGCCGACUCCCUGUCGGCCUGCGAUGUCUUAGAGAGAAGACGGAGAGAUGGAGACGAGAGAUGGAGAGAGAGAAGGAGUGUGGGAGAUGGGGAAAGAGAAGGAGUGAGGUAGAGAGAGAGAAGUACAGCUAGAGGAGUACAGAAAUAAAGUUUGCUUUGAUGGAAGCAAAGAAAUGCCAUUUGGGCCUUUUGUCUGCCUCGUCGCAAUAAUAAUAAUCUGCUAUGUAAUAAUUAGCUGUACAUACAUGUGUUAUUUAGGGCAAGGCUUGACCACUCGACUCACCUCCGUAGUCUUCAUUUGUGGCUUGACUUGUCAUUUGGAGAUGAGGGAGAGUACAUGUUGAUGUUGACUCAGGUAAUCACUGCAAAACCCUGUUAGGCACAACAGGGGACGUAUUCUGUUUUAUUCAGAAUGAAGACGGGUUGUAUUUUUUUUCUUUUAUACACCACCAAAGAAACAUGUCGCACAGACCUGUGUGUUGUCAUCAGGGUUGGUCUGCACAAACGCCUAUACAGAAACCUGCUUCUAUGUGUACAGUAAGCGCUAUCACAACCAGGACUUGAAGGGUUCAGCUAGGAUAGCCUUAUUGAGGAGUGUCCUUUUUGGAGAGGAAGCAUAGCUAUCAGUAAGACACUGAAUAAAUCACAACAUCAUUAUACAGUAGUAUAUGUGGUGUGGUGCAUAUGGUAGCAGCAUGUGUGACCUUUCGGAGAGGUCGGAAGCCUAUCGGCAAUGUGUUAAAUUUGCUAAAUGUGCUUAUUUUUUGGUAGCAAUAACCGAUAACACCUACAGUGAUGAACACCCAGAGUUCAUUUAUGAAGGGGUAAUGCAUCAGUGUAUACACGACACAUUGUGUAUUGAAUUAUGACGUUUGAAAUAGAUAUCAUGCACAAGUGAUAAGGUUAUAUCCUGAACAAACAUCGCAGGUUUAUCGGUCUGUGCAGGCAAGCAGCUAUCGUUGGAUCUCCCCUGUGUUGUCUAUUUAGCUGGGAUUUGCAAGGAAAAGGUUCAGGACAGGUAGUAAAGAGGAGACUGUUAAGUUGACACUUCAUGCGUAUCCCAUAACACGUUAAGCUUUGUGUGCAUAAUUGCAGCUUCAGCUUGUAAUCGUCAUUUCAGGGCAACUUUGUGGUGCAUUCUGCAGCUAAUGUCUGUUCACUGUGUUGUACUGUAGUCAGUGUCCCCAUAAGCAGCUUCUAAUAUACGUGCACUAUUGGGAGAGCGAGUGUGUGUGUGUGUGCGUGUGCGUGUGUGUGUGUAUUAUCGAGUGGGGGGGAGAGCAGCUGUAAAGAGAAGAGCACUUUGCCAGUCAUGGCGAAAUAAACUUUCCAGCUGUACAUAGAAAUCAACAUAAAUUGAGUAUUACAGGUUGUUCUAAUUAUUAAGAACAUUAAAAUAUAUGCCAUUUAAAACAAUGCUGUCUAUAUUCCAAAAGAGCUUAAAAAAACGUGUUAUUUAUUUAUUUAAUUACACUGCUUACAAUGGGGGAUGCUAUUGGGGUGAGGGAACUGGCUGAAUAGUUAAAGAUAUAGCUAAAGAAAAUAUUUUGUGACAUUAUAAUAGAUGUUUACUUGAAUCAGUAGAGAUGUACAGAUAUGCAAGCAUCAUAUUUUUCUCAUGUAAAUAUAUUCACUGCCGUUAUUUAACACGGAGCAGUAUCAGUUAGAGAAUGUUGAAUAAAAGUUGACUGAUCUGUGUCAUGUUCUAAAGCUUUCUGUUUAUUUGUUGAUUCUGUGUUUUCUUUCAUUUUGUUUUUCAAUAAAACACAUCCCCACA